CCCUGCUAAGCACAACCCACUUAGUUGUGGAUGCUGGGUCAGGGCUCGUAGCCCAUUGAGCUGAAAGGUCCUGUUUGACUCAUUCUCCUCUCUCAAUAAAAAUAGUGUAGCCCUUUCAAUUUGAAAAAGUUAGGUUUUUGAGUUUUGAUAAAAGGUUGAAUCCCUUUCUUCGUGAGUGAACUCUGUCAGAGCAAUGGCAAACAAUCCCUCGCAGCUUCUUCCAUCAGAGUUGAUAGACAGGUGCAUAGGGUCCAAAAUCUGGGUGAUAAUGAAAGGGGACAAGGAGCUGGUGGGUACCCUAAAAGGCUUCGAUGUCUACGUCAACAUGGUCCUCGAAGAUGUCACUGAAUAUGAGAUCACUGCUGAAGGAAGACGGAUCACAAAGCUUGAUCAAAUUCUGCUUAAUGGAAACAACAUUGCCAUUCUGGUCCCAGGAGGGUCACCUGAUCCAGAAUGAGAGUGUCAGCUACUCCCUUUUUCUUUGUUCUUCCUUUUUAAUGAUAUUGGUUCCAUGCCAUGUUCUCAGUUUUAAUGAGAAUUUUGGCCCUUAUUAUUUAACCCAAUCACUGUAAGAUUUUCCAAGUUUGGACAAAGUCGACAGCAGUAGCUGAAAUGGUUAAUGAUUGAUUA